CCCACGCCUCCAAGUUCUUGCUGAACGAUGCUGAGCUGAGCCUGGCGCCGCUCGUACAGAUGACGAGCGACCCCAGGGCAUUAGCCCCCUGGCAAUGCUUUAGCAGGUGUGUGCGGGGAAGGUGGGAUUGCGUUCGAAAGGGCUUAGGGCCAGGAUAUAUGGGACUAUGGCUCCGCCAACCCAGAUUUCAGAAGGCCUUCAACGCUGCAAUGGGAUGUACCGCCAAGGUCACCACUACCGCAAUCGUCGCUGCGUACAAAGAUGGAUUUCAUUCCAUUCGGUCGCUAGUGGAUGUGGGCGGUGGGAUUGGAACUUCGACAUCCGAGAUCACCAAGGCCUAUCCACACAUCAAAGCAAUCAACUUUGAUUUACCACAUGUGGUCGCCACAGCACCUGAGUACCCAGGAGUUACCCAUAUUGGAGGUGACAUGUUUGAGUCUGUUCCAAAGGCUGAUGCAGUUUUCAUGAAGUGGAUCUUGCAUGAUUGGAGCGACCAAGACUGUGUGAAGAUCCUGAAGAACUGCCGGAAGGCAAUCCCAGACAAGACAGGAAAGGUGAUUCUAAUGGAAGUGAUUCUGAAGCCAGAUGGUGAAAGCAUGUUUGAUAACACGGUAUUUGUGCACGAUCUGAUAAUGCUUGCUCACAGCUCUGGUGGAAAAGAGAGGACCGAGGCUGAAUGGAAACUAGUGCUGGAGAAAGGAGGCUUCCCACGCUAUAACAUCAUCCGGAUCCCAGCUUUGCUUUCCAUCAUUGAGGCCUAUCCGAACUAAAUCAUUCUCUCUCCAAUUCCUCCA